AUGGCGCAAGUACUGGUCAAGCGCAAGGAAAUUGUGAACUUUGUCACUAGGGUUCUUCGGAAUGCUGGAGCUAAUGAAGCGGAAUCGUUACAAAUGGGGGAAGUACUUGCGCAUGCCGAUUACAGGGGACACUUUUCUCACGGCCUCAAUCGACUGGAAAUGUACCACAACGAUAUGAAAGUUGGCGUCAUCAAAAGCUCAUCCGGAAUCAAACCAGAAAUCCUCAAGCCAUGA